AUGGCCGCCAGACAAUGUUUGUCCUUCCUGUCUCCCUCCCUGUUUCUUUCACUCCUUCUUCCUGCACUGUUGCUUCUACGCCUGCCUGGUAUGGUGAAAGGGGACUGCUGGCUGAUAGAGGGGGAUAAAGGUUACGUUUGGUUGGCUAUCUGCAGUCAGAACCAGCCUCCAUAUGAGACCAUCCCCCAGCACAUCAACAGCACGGUUCAUGACUUGAGGCUGAAUGAGAACAAACUCAAGGUGGUUCUCUUUACCUCCAUGUACCGCUUCACAAACCUAACUGAUCUCAAUCUAACCAAGAAUGAGAUAAGCUACAUCGAGGAUGGGGCCUUUGCUGGACAGGCAAACCUUCAGGUUCUACAACUGGGCUACAACAAACUGACCAAUCUGACUGAGGGAAUGUUGAGAGGCCUAGGGCGAAUGCAGUGCCUCUUUUUACAACACAACCUCGUCGAGGUCAUUGCCAUCAAUGCCUUCUGGGAGUGCCCUAACCUUAGCAGUCUGGAUUUGUCUUCAAAUAAAUUGGCCCGUCUUGACCCAUCUACCUUCAAUGUCCUCAACAGGCUAAUGGUUUGUGAACUAGCGGGAAACCCAUUCCAUUGUGGCUGUGACCUCUACAAUUUUUUGACUUGGCUAGAGGAAUUUAACAAUGUCACCCACACUUACGACCGGCUCCAAUGUGAAACUCCAUCAGAACUGACAGGUUACCCACUCCUGGGCCCAGUGCCAGGGCAUGGAAGAAAUGCUCGGUACAUUCUUUUAUCUGUCUGUCGUGAUGGUGUAAUUAUUCCAGGGAUGACAUCCCAGAUGCCAGAUCCAGAUGGGUCAGGAAUGGGUUUUGAAGGUUCUGACCUAGGUCUGUACCCUCAAUCAACCACAACAUCUACUGCCGAUCCCAACUAUGUUCCUCAGAUUUCCAUUAAGCUUGAAUCGGUCUCCCUCUACACUGCAUCACUUCUUGUGCAGAUUCCAAAACCACACACUAAGAUGUACAUUCUCUCCCAGUAUAAUGAUACCUUUCCUACAGACAUCAUGUCCCUUACAAAGAAGAAGAAGAAGAUUCCUAUAGAUAAGCUGAAACCACACACUAACUACACUUACUGUGUGGCUUCUGCAAGUAAAUCUCAGCGCUACAAUCAUACUUGCCUGUCUUUCACAACACGGGCCAUGGGCCCAGAGGACCUCCGUCCUAAUCCAUCCACAACUACCCACUACAUUAUGACCAUCUUGGGAUGUCUGUUUGGUAUGGUGAUUGUGCUCGGAUUUGUCUACUACUGCCUCAGGCGACGACGCAUCCAAGAAGAGAAGGAAAAGGCUAUAAGUGUAAAGAAAACAAUCCUGGAGAUGAGGUAUGGCCCAGAGACAGCUGCAGCUGUGGCCAAUGACGCAGGUGCGAUCCAGCGCCUUCAGGAGCAGACCCACCACCACCAUUCAGGAGGAGCGGGAGGCAAGCUUCCACCAUCUGCCUCUUCUAGUACAGGGAUGCUCCAUGGAUCAGCCAACACAAGUUCUUCCCGCCUCUCCACCUUACCCCAGGUUGAAAAAAUGGCCUCUGCCUUCUCUGAGGCAAUGGGCAGCAAGAGCAAUUACAUGGAUAUUAGGACAACAGGAAUGACUGGGGAAAGCAGAGAUGGAGUAAUGGUUGCUGGAGGAAUAGGAGGAGAAGUAGUUGUUGAUAUGCGAGGUGUAGCUGAAAAUGGGACAGAGGCUGGGGAAGAUUCUGAUGAUGACGGUCAUGGCUCGGCAUCAGAGAUUUCCACCAUCGCUAAGGAGGUGGACAAAGUGAACCAAAUCAUCAACAAUUGCAUUGAUGCCCUGAAGCUGGAUGCCUCUGCCAAUAUUGCGACGACAGCUGAUGAUGGUAACUCUCUGUCCUCGUCCCAGCCUCCUUGCAUGGCACCCCUUUCCCGCAAUCUCCUGCCACUCUCUACUUCCUCCACUGGAGAUCAGAUAAUGGCCUCUUCUCCAAAGGUGCAUUCAAAGUCACAGCCACACCCUCAGCCUCAGCCACAACCUCAGUCCCAUCCUCAGCCUCACCCACAACUACAUCAGCAGCCUCAUCCCCCUUCUAUGGCCCCGGUGCCCCUAGUCAUGCCCCUGUCGGAGCGGCCUGGCAUCAGUGGAGGUGGGUUUCUUUCCCCUCCUUACCGUGACCCACCCCCAGCUAAUGCAGUACGGCCCCUUCAGAGGCAGCAGAGUGCUGAGACCGCUGUGGUAAAGAACCGUUGUGGUCCUCCUGCUGCAGUAUCUGUCAAGAAUACAAGGAUGUACAGUGUUGAUAUACCUGAGCAGCGAAAUGAUCCACCCAAGUACCCUACAGAAAAGGGCAGUCCUGCCAUUUGUGGUGGGAUAGGUGGAAGUGGGGGACUUGGUGGUGUAGGGGGGUGUGGUGGAAAUGGCAAGGGAAACAUAAAUGGUGGUGGGUUGAGUUUAAAUGGAGGCGGAAUGGGUUGUAAUAAUGGGAAUGGAAGUGGAUGCGGGGUCGCUGGGCCUGGACAGCAGCAGCAUCACUUAGAGGUUCAGCCAGACUACCACAGCUCAGAGCACCGACACUCCUUUCCUGCACUCUACUAUGAUGAUGAUAAUGACUCACCCUUACCAGCCCAAAAGGCCUCAUUUCUCAAACCACUGGGGCGAACCAAGAGGGAUGCCACAGCCACCUACUCCCAGCUCUCUCCUUCUCGUCACCAUAACUACAAUUCUGGGUACUCCUCCAGUCCAGAGUACUCAUCUGAGAGCACUCUACGCAUCUGGGAGCGAUUUCGACCAUACAAGAAAAACCCACGUGAGGAAGCCUCCUACAUAGCCGCAGGCCACGCAUUGCGUAAGAAGGUGCAGUUUGCCAAGGAUGAGGAUCUUCAUGAUAUUUUGGAUUACUGGAAGGGCGUUUCUGCCCAGCAAAAGCUGUGAGUUGCAAAAAUUCAAAUGUUGCUUGGAAGAUUUUAAGUUGAACACCAACAGCAGACUUAUAGAGGUAGGAUAAAAAUCUUUCUCCAGAGGUGUCUUGUGACUUGGGUCAAUCAUCCUAUAGAUCCAGAGUUGAUGAAUUUCUUGAUGAUUUUAAACAUGUAUUUGGUGACAGUUCAUUGACAUUUUAAAUGGUUGAUCACCAUAACAGUGAGUGAUCUGUUCACCUGAUAGCCUCAUAAUGGGCACUUUGGUCCCUGCAGGUUUCACCGACAUAUUAAGUCCACUCUAAUGAGCAAAGUUAACUUGGUGAUAAUCGUCUUCUACCUCAUUUCUGGUACAGUGUAGCUCAACAAUUUCGGUAGAAGCAGCAGCAUUUAUGACUUAAGCCCUGUCCAUCUUUUUUCUAAUUCCAUCAAUCAACCAUUCAAAGGACAGUAAUUCCAUGCCUCAGUCUCCACCUGGGCUGCUGGAAAAGCAUCAUUUAGAGCAGUAAUGAGAAACUAAAAUGAAGAUUUAUUUGCUUUUGUAUUAGAAUACCUGUCUUUUGGGACGACAUUAAGUGAUACUUAUCAGGCUUAUUGUUCUCCCUGGCAAUUAGCCAGCAUAACAGAAGGUCAGAGACAUUGUUUGUUGAGCAUGCUUAUUGAUGUAAAACACCCAACUACACAUUUUCGGUAAUGUGUGUACAUACGGUUGGUGGGUUUGUGGGUUUUAAUGUGACAAAUCCCAUUUUAGUUGAAGAGGGAAGUAGGGGCUGAGUCAUUCUUUAUCUCACACUCCUGUAUAAGAGCAAAAGGGUUUGCUAACAGACACAUUAGAAAACAACCAAGCUGGGAAGGUUUGUGUGUGUGUACAUCUGAAUGAAUAAGAGUUUUGCUCAUCUGACAUAUCUAGAUGUUAUGAAGCAAAUCCUGUAAAAACCUUUUGGGCCUAUUUACAGGCAAACUUAGAGUUGGAAAAUUUACAUUUCAAUAGGAUGAGUAAUGCCGACAUUACUUUUAAGGUAGGUUAUGUGAGACUAAAGUGCAGGUGUAAAACCUAUGUAUUUAAGAACCACGUAAUCACAUUUAGGAACAGAAGCAUAUUGAGAGCAGGUUAGAGGUUUCCUGUAAACACCCCAGUGCUAUUGAAAAGAGACAACGUCCAGCGGUUUUCUAGCUGUGGCUGUAUUACGUCAAGGCAAGCCUGUACCGAAAUGCUCUCCGCAAUACACAGUCAAUGUUGGAUAAAGGACUGAAGAUCCAAGUGGUCUUUUUUGCCUCAAACCGGAUGAUUCUACAGUCACUUUGUGUUUGACAAUGUUCUGUUCUGAGAAAAAAACAAAAAGCUGGUAUCUUGCUAUGGACCAAAGUGCCCUAAGGAGGUAAGAUUUAAAGGAUUUUUUGCCUAUCUUCCACCUAUGGUAUAUAUAUAUAUAUAUAUAUAUAAUAUAAAACAAGUGUAACAUAAUUUCAAUACAUUGUGUUGCAAUUUAAAGUUGUUAAAGGACACAUAGGAGCAAGGCUUGCAGACCACUUCAGAAGCCAUUUUAAUGUAAAUUGAUGCUAAGUUUCAGAAAUUGGAGAAUCAACAUAACGGAUAUGACUGCAGUGAUCCAUUGAAACACUUAGUGUGAGACUAAAUUGCCCACUGAGCCACAGGCGAAAGUAGGAAGAGUAGUCGUCUUGCAAUCAGAAGGUUGUGGGUACGAUUCCAGCUUCCACGUGCCAUGUCGAUGUGCCCCUGGGUAGGGCACUUAACCUCAAGUUGCCUACCGUAUCGGUGUAUGAAUGUGUGAGCGUUAGUGAGUGCGAUUCGGUGAAUGUGGCUCUACUGUAAAGCGCUUUGAGUGGUCUGUAUGACUGGAAAGGCGCAAUAUAAGUUCAGUCCAUUUACCAUUUACUAUGCUAUGCUCUUUGCAUCAAUGAAGAUUUGUGCACCUCAGCAUGCUGAAUGCUUGAAAAGGAAAGUUAAUCUGAUGUCUUUAACUAAUUUUGGAAUAAUUCAGCUAAUUAAUUAAAUAAAUAAUUUGCCAGUAUUAAAUCAACAGUAUUGAUUCCAGUAUACUGAGUUUUUCUAGUCAGAAUUGCUAAAUCUAUCUUGUCUAUAUAGAUUUUCCUUCAAGUUAACCCUAAGAACAUCAUAUAAAAGUUGUUUAAAUUACCUCUCUAGCCUAAAUUUGAGUUUUUCCAAGAAAAAUUGAGGUAGUGGACAGGAUUCACAUUUGUUAAAUCUCUUUUAGAAACACAUUUCCAAACACACAAAACAUUAAUGAUAUAACAUUGUGUAAAAAUAUUAAUAUUAAAAAUAUUUAAUGUGACCGCUUUUACCUAAACAAUGUAGUAUCACCUUUGUACUUUCCAUUUUUUAAAGCAGAAAACAGUUUGUAAAAUUGUUAUCUCACACUGUUGGUCUUGUAUUGCAAUGUAGGGAAAUAAAAAAAAAAAUAAUACAAUGAGAGAAUGAAUUAAUAAAUACAUACAUAAGAACAAUAUCUACAGUGGGAAAAUGUUAUUUAAAAAAAUAUUUUUUUACUUAAUGAGUGGCCAAUUUAUGUUCUAAGAGCAUGCUCCCUUUGUUUUUAAAGUGUUUUUGCUUUUUAAGGUCUAGUGUGUUUAUAUCAAAUACUGACCUUUCUGUGUCAUCCAUGGCAGGCAAACCAACAGACCUGUUAGCAUUCACAAAGAAAAUAUCACAGCCUCAUCAUCACUUUGUAUCAUAUCAAUAGAAUCUAAUUUGGAAGUAAAAGGAACACCAUUAAACACAGAGAGCAAAAUCCUGUGGGCUCUGAGUCUUAGUCUCAAAUUCUUUUAGCUCUUUGCAUCAAUUUACUCUUUUUGCCUUAUUUCCACAUUCUGCUGGCAGCUUUCUCUGCAUUUGGUGCAAGGGAUGACCAAUCAAUUAGUUUUAGAUUAUUACCACAAGCUAUCCAGUCUGGGAACCUUUUUAAAAAUAAUGGCUGCAUUUGAACGACUGAAAAGAAUCAAGCUAGAGUAACCGGCAUAUUCCCUUAAGGGAUUUUGUUAGAUUUAAGGAAUAACAGUAUCCCUGUUCAUCAGUUCAGUGUGUUCAAUCACUUGGUAAGAGCAGUACUCCUAUCCAUUGAAUAUUGUAUGAACUUUAUGUUUUUUUG